AUGGGAGGUCCCGGUCAUCGGUUCCUUGGAACCACCGUUAUUUGCGAGCUCAAGGUUAUACGGGAUACGUAUCAACGCGUCUCAAGGAUUUAUGCACACUGCAGUCGACCUAGGCAGCCUGGCCCUUCGUCUGCCAUCUUGCAGCCAUCGGACGUAGGAGAAAGCCCAAAGAAUUUUGCAAUAGCCUUAACUCUCUCUCUCAAUCAUGCAUUGAACAAUUCGCUCCAAGUCUUUACUGCAGUGCUGCCUAGUGCUGCCCUUCCCGACGCGUUGUGCGGCCUAUCUCAGCCACCAGUGCGGGUUGUUCCCGUUCCGUCCUCCAAAUGGUACCUCCAAAUUUCGAAACGUCGCUGUUAUCUCCAGCGGUAG